AUGCUCCCUGCUGAAAAGCUCUUCGACUCCCUGGGCCAGCAAUACGAGGACGUCUACAUCAACAAUCCAGCUCUCGGGCAGACCAUCGCCGCUGCUGUUGCCCUUCUCCCCUCCGACGCCCACGUCCUUGACGUAGGGUGCGGCACCGGCAAACCCGUGUCCAACCGUGUCGCCCAGGCAGGCCACCGCGUCCAUGGCAUUGACAUUUCGAGCGAGAUGGUCAAGAUCGCCUCGGCCAACGUCAAGGGGGCGCGGUUCGAGAAGGCGGACAUGCUCACCUUCCAGCCCCCCGUCCGAUAUGACGCCAUCUUCGCCAUCUUCUCCAUGUUUCAGCUCACCCAUUCCCAGACCUACCGCAUGAUGCUGAACUACUGCGACUGGCUGAAGCAGGGUGGGGUCUUAGUCCUCGGCACGAUUCCCGCGACCUCGAUCGUGCACGACUCCAGUCUCUACGACCGAACGGGGACGGUCGUCCGGCACGCCGACCUGAUCUUCAUGGGCCACCACUUCACGGGCACCGUGUACACCACCGCCGGCUGGCACGAGCUGUGCCGGAAAUGCGGCCUGGAGAUCGUGCUCGAGAAGUCCGCCAGCUUCGCCUGCCCGCCGCCGUACGAGGAGGAGGUCCAGGACCAUUACUUUCUCAUCGCGCGGAAGGUCGUGCGGCACGCCCUGAUGGCGCCCUACCCGCUUCCCUGCGGGUAUCGCGGACCGCAUCCACUGAGCGAGGGGGCCUGGGCCCCGUUUGCGGAGCGACUCGUUCGAGACGAGUUCGAUGCCGUGCUGGAGGUUUUGAAGGAUAACCGCAGGGUCUUGGACGUGGGCACCUACUCCGUCGAGCCCAACGCCGACCGAAACCAGAUCCAGACGGCCGCGGCCGGGGAAAAGGGGAUCACGAUCCGUGCCGGCUCCGCGGAGGCCAUCCCCUUCGCCAGCGGCUUCUUCGACGCCGCGGUGGCGAUGUGGAUCCUGCACUACGUGCAGGACCUGGAGCAGUCGCUGCGCGAGAUCGCCCGCGUCGUGGACCCGGCGGCGCCGGACGCCAAACUCGUCAUCGUGCAGGGGGCCCCGGACAAUGAACUCGUGAAUCUGCUGAAUGAGGUCUGCGCGCCCCUCUCGGCGGCGAACACGGCGGUCGACCACCAGGGCUUCCUGCUGCAUGAAGCGGCCAGAGUGUUCGAGGAGCACGGCUUCGGCGAUAUCCGGAUCUUCCGGGUGAAUGCCCUGUGUGGCUUUCCCGAGGCGGAUCCCCUGGAGCGGUGUGAGAAGGCGGCCGCGGUCCUGGCGGGGUUCUGGUUCCUCGAGGAUGCCAAUCUGGAGGAGAUGAAGAGGGCGCUGGUGCCGCACUUGGAGAGGCAAUUUCGGGACCGUCCGGGGGAGGUCGGGGACGAGGUUGCGGUUCUUGUGGCGCGACCGUGGAGGAAUUAG